UUUCCACCUUAUCAGUGCAGUUCACAUUUUUCCGAUAGUUUUUCAUCAAUUUCACCGGGAAUAAGUUAAAAUUUCAUUUCGAAAUGAAGUUCGCCGAACACCUCUCAGCCCAUAUCACCCCGGAAUGGCGAAAACAAUACAUAAACUACGAGGAAAUGAAAGCCAUGCUUUAUGCCGCCGUAGAGCAAGCGCCAUCAUCGGAACUGGCUGAUCCUGAGGUCGUCAGCAGAUAUUUCGCCAAAUUUGACGAAGAGUUCUUCCAUUACUGCGACAAAGAGCUUGCCAAAAUCAAUACUUUCUACUCCGAAAAGCUUGCAGAGGCUACAAGAAAAUUUGGAAAUUUACGAAGUGAACUCACUGAGGCCCUUGAGGUUGGAAUGGUUAAUAAGCAAAAAGCUUGGCGCACAAAAAAUCCUUUACGGAAGAAAAAUGUCCCAGCCCGGAAAAUCCAAGAUCUUCGACUAGCCUUCAGUGAAUUUUAUUUGGGCUUGAUUUUGUUGCAGAAUUAUCAGAAUUUGAAUUUCACUGGGUUUCGCAAGAUACUGAAGAAGCAUGACAAAUUGUUAUCCGUGGAUUACGGAGCCAAGUGGAGAUGUGAUCAUGUCGAGACUUCCCAUUUUCACACGAAUAAGGACAUUGACCGGUUGAUUCAAGAAACUGAAGCUCGAUUCACGCAGGACAUUGAACGAGGCGACAGGCAGAAGGCGAUGAAAAGACUGAGAGUCCCCCCGUUAGGCGAGCAACAGAGUCCUUGGACAACGUUCAAGGUUGGACUGUUUUCUGGAGCAUUUGUGAUUUUACUAGUUGCGGUUAUUUUGUCCGCGAUAUUCCAUGGAAUUGAUGAUGAUUGGAGAAUUGCUUCGCGACUAUUCCGAGGACCGCUCUUGAUCAUCGAGUUUCUGUUUCUGUGGGGUGUCAACGUUUAUGGUUGGCGGUCUUCGGGAGUAAAUCACGUACUGAUCUUCGAGUUGGAUCCUAGAAAUCAUCUUUCGGAGCAACAUAUUAUGGAAUUUGCCGCGAUUUUCGGAGUGAUUUGGGCUAUAUGUGUUCUCUGUUUUAUAUUUAGUGAUGCGUUGAGUAUUCCUACAUAUUCCGGGCCAAUAAUGCUGUACAUGCUAAUGACAUUGUUUUUGUUUAACCCGACUAAAACAUUCUCGCAUGAAGCUCGAUUUUGGGCAAUUAAAGUUAUUGGACGGGUGUUUUUGGCUCCAUUCUUUUAUGUGACCUUCGCCGAUUUCUGGAUGGCUGAUCAACUGAAUAGCAUUGUUCCUGCUUUUUUGGAUAUACAACACUUUUUGUGUUUCUUCACAAUAAAUCCAAGCUGGGAGAGAGUUUCAGACGGUCAAGUUUGCAUAAAAAAUCUUUCGAUAUCACGUCCUAUAGUGGCCAUGCUUCCAGCUUGGUUUCGUUUCGCCCAAUGUAUUCGUCGAUUUCGCGAUACACGUGAGGCUUUCCCGCAUCUCGUGAACGCUGCCAAAUAUGCAACAUCGUUUUUCGUGGUGAUUUUCUCAUACAAAACACAGACAACAUCAGAUAUUUAUCCUAUCUCGACGGAAAAUCCUUGGCUAUACUUCUGGAUUGUAGCUCUCCUAGUUUCAUCUUGCUAUGCCUACACAUGGGACAUCAAAAUGGAUUGGGGCCUGUUCGAUUCCAAGCCUGGCGAUAAUAAAUUUCUGCGUGAGGAAAUUGUUUACUCAUCGACGUGGUUUUACUACUUCGCCAUUGCGGAAGAUUUAGUGCUGAGAUUUGCGUGGACGUUAUCGAUGAGCCUCAUUCAAGCGGGCUAUGUUGACGGUGACCUAAUGAUGACUAUCCUUAGUCCUCUGGAAGUUCUGCGAAGAUUCUUUUGGAAUUUUUUCCGUCUGGAAAACGAACACUUGAACAAUUGUGGCAAAUUCCGUGCCGUACGGGAUAUAUCAGUGGCACCGAUGGAUUGCUCAGACCAGGCUACUAUAUUGAGGAUGAUGGACGAGGAGGACGGUGUCUCGAAUCGUCGGAACAAAAGCAAAUUUUCGGCAAAGAAGCGACCAGAACAACGACUCCUGCUUGAAUCCGAGUCAAAUGAGGAUUUACGUUUAUGAGGUUUGAGACUGAGGAGGAGUUUUAGCAGAAGCAACGGGUAUGCGGCAAUUUUUCCUACUGACGAUGGAAUUGUAAAUUAGAUUUAAGACACAAAGUAUAUAUUGUAGUUCGGAAACUUUUAUAAGUGAGUGUUGUAUGAAAGUUGUCUAGAGGCUUUUUUGGAUAAUUUUCUUCCAUUUAUUUUAUCCAAUCUGGUAGAAUGUCUUGAACAAGGUAAAAAGAGCUUCUGGAAACAUAUCAGUAAACUGCAGUUAUUUAACCCGACUCUUUCCUGGUACAUAACAAAUCAAUUUUUACGAUGAAGAGAUUAAUAUAAUAAUAUCCUUAAAAUAAUCUAGAAUUUGUCAGUUUAUCAGACCCUACAUCGCAAUGUAUCUAAGUCUUAUGAUGAGCAUUUAUCUUGACAUGAAACCCAACUGUUCGAAGCACAUGGGGACAUAGCUAUCUGAACCUAAUCUAAGUUUGCUUUUUAACAAAUUUCUUUCUAGUCAAAUACAUAGAAAAUCUAUUUUAUCUUUCCUAACAAAUUAUAUUAUAUUUUGUAGCCUAUUUACAAGUUUUAAAAAAGUUUUUGUCCAUAUUUAUUGAUAUAAAUACAUCUAGAAGGAUAGAUGUUGUGAAUUUUUUUAAGAAUUCAA